AUGGCGUCAAACCAGGACCCGAAAAAUCUCUCCCGCCUGGAGAUGGGCGUCUCUCAGUCCAUUGAGCAAUCACGAACCGUGCUGAGAACAUGGCAGAGAAAUGUGAUCCUUUUCAUCGUGAGCUGGAACUGCCUGGUGGUCACCUCGACCAGCACAUCACUGCUCAUCGCAACCCCGGAAAUCGCCUCUGACCUCAAUACGACACCCGAAAUUCUUAAUGCUGGCAACGCUGGACUGCUGAUUGCCAUGGGAUGCUCCGCUCUAUUUUGGUCCCCCCUGGCGGAAUUGACAAGCAGACGCAUCAGCUACAACAUUGCCAUGUUGGUAUUGCUUGGGGCUUCAAUUGGCACUGCCUUGGCUAAGGACAUGGGUACAUUCACCGCCAUGCGUUUGCUCUCCGGCCUCGAAGGAACGUUCUUUAUGGUAGCUGGCCAGACCAUCAUCGCCGAUAUCUUUAAGCCCACAGUUCGUGGCAGGGCUGUUGCUUGCCAGAUGGUCGGGGCAGUGGCUGGAACAGCUAUUGGUCCCUGUAUUGGAGGUAUUAUUCUCACCUACAGUAACUGGAGAAGCAUCUACUGGCUACAAGUCGCCCAAGCCGGCCUUGGCUUCGUCCUUUCGCUCGCAUUCAUUCCCCAUAUUCAAAGCGAGACACAGCAGUUGUAUGAGAAAAGUGGCGAUACCAAGAUUUCCGCUCUUAGAGUUUGGCAGAGUUUCAACCCUAUCAGAAUUUUCAAGCUUUAUUUUCGCCCACAGGUCCUCCUCGCCGAUCUAACCUGCGGGUUUCUGGCGAUUACGCAGUACGCCCUGCUCACCUCAGUCAGACACAUUAUCAAUCCAAGGUUUAAUCUGACGACACCACUCGUCAGUGGACUGUUUUACAUCGCACCAGGCGCAGGUUUCAUAGUGGGAAGCCUGGUAGGAGGCCGGAUAAGCGACCACACAGUGAAGCAAUGGAUAGCCAAGCGCGACGGUCUCCGGUUACCCAAGGAUCGCCUCAACAGCAGCCUAGUCCACUUAUUUAUUGUCUUGCCUAUCUCCAUGCUUCUAUUUGGUUGGAGUCUGGAGAAGAAUAUUGGUGGUUUGGCGCUCCCUAUUGUCAUGGCUUUUUGGAUUGGAGUUGGCCUCAUGGGGGCUUUCAAUGGGCUUAAUACUUACACUGCUGAAGUUUUCCCCGACCAAAGAGCCGAAGUAGUCAGUAGCAAGUAUGUCUUGCAGUACGUCUUUGGAGCUUCGGCUACGGGUGCGGUCGUACCGCUCCUGAACAGUAUUGGAGUUGGCUGGUCCUUUACAUUUUUUACAUUUUUCAAGAUCUUAGGAGGCGUCUUACUUUUAGUGGUAGCCCGGUUCGCGCCUGAUACCGGCGCGUGGGCACACGAUUCUCAGGAAGCUAGUUCGUGA